CUAUAUAGGCGGUCGCCUUGCCGAUGAGCCGACGCCACUGCCGCCGCAACGGCACUACAACAGCAGUCGCCCGUCAGCAUUCGAUCGAGUAUAACGUGUGCGUUGUUCGGCGUGUGUUCGCCUCGUCGCGAGCCGUGUAUGCGUUCUCUUUAGCCGGGUAUUAUCGUUCGUUAUUAAUAUUUUCAAACGUUUCACAUUUAAAAAGUGUUUUUUUUUUUAAUCGUGACUUUCGUUUCGAACCAAUGACGAGAGGUUUUCUACUGUCGCCGUUAAUUAAUCUUUUUUAUUAAGACAUUUUUCUAUUUGGUUCCUGCAACAGUUACCUUCAUGGGACUGGCCAAAAAAAUGGAAUGGCUAAAGUGGAUACGAAAAUAUUCUACAGGUAUCCUGGACACGAAAACUGGUAGCAUGGAAACGUUAAUUGAUUCGGCCAGUUCGAAGACCAUCAAUUACGCUUAUACCUCCUCGGUAAUUGCUGACGAUGAAUUCAUUAACGCCGCCGCACCCCCACACCAGCGUCCGAUGUUGCCGCCGCCACCACCUACUUCACAAGUUUCACCGUCGCCGCCACAGCUACCUAACGACGUAUACGACUGCUGUGUAUCGCUGGAUGGAAUACCCAUCAAACACGAGUUUCAGUACACCUUCUCCGACACUGACGGUCAUGGAAAAAUCACCAAACACGAUGUCGAAGGACUGGCUACGAAAAUACUCGAGUCCAUGUAUGGUACGACGUUGAAAUUCUCGGCGCGGGGCCAGCGAACUGUCAAAGUGACGCUCAACAUCAGACAAUCAGUGGCGGUGGUCGUGGACGGCACGACGACGGGUACGCCGUACCGUGGCCACCAGAGCAGCCGGGAGCGCAAGACCAAGUCGGACAGACAUCGUGGCCGGACAGACACUACCGAAUACGGGGGUGUCGACGAUGCGACUCUGUUGGAACAGUCGGGCUAUCCUUCAGUUUACGAUGGUGUCAAGGGGUCCUGGCUGCCACACCACAGAAGUGCCAAGCUGGGCGCACAGCGGUAUAGGCGAGAACAACUGAUCGAAAUGGUGCAGAGGAGUCUGGCGGAAAACUUGAGUUUUCAAAAUCAAAGGAAAUCCGAAAAGCCGGCGGAGGUCGUUUAUCACAGACCACGGACGAAGCGUCGCCAGACCGGAGCCCUGCCGGCCAAGGUAGCGUGGAGCCCGUACGACUUCGAACCGGUGGCGCACGUGCCUUCGCACCAACACCACCACCAUCUCCAGCAACAGCUCCAGCAGCAGCACCGACAGCACGAACACCUCAAGAACGUCAGAAGCCAGCAGCACCAGUUGUACAGUAACGAUGUAACGGCCGAGGAGCACCACGGGGUCAAGUAUUCGUCGGGUCACUCGCGCCAGCACCACCGGACCACCGCCGUAGUCAGCGGUAGCAAACUGCAACAGUCGAAGGACGCGGCCGCGGCCACCACCACCACCGCAGCCGCCGCCGCCGCCGCCGCUCAAGAGCAAACCAAAAACAUCGAUCAUCAGCGGUACAAACGCGCCAAAUUGGCGUCCAAGAAGAUCCAUCAUCACAUACACGAACACCAUCAUUAUCAUCACUACGACUAUUACAUCGUUUAAGAGAGAGAGUGUGUGUGUAUGUGAGUGAGAGAGAACAACGAAAAAAUCCGUUUAAUUCCUUUCAUCGUGUAUAUUAACUGUCACAACAUUAUCAUAUAUUAUUAGGUAUAUACUUACAUAUUGUAUACAUAUACAUUACAUGUUUGUGUUUUUUGCGAGCAUGUUUGCUGCGCUGCACUGGACCAACCGGGUCGGCGACAUCAACAAAAAGCUUUUUUCCCAAAAACUAUAUAGAUUCCUUUUUUCCCUAUCCAACCGAUCAAAUUAUAAAGAAACAAUACAACAUAAAUCCAUUACAAUAUUCACGUUCGCGGUUGUACGCUCGCCGGCGUUUAUAUAUAUAUUAUAUAUACACGCACAGUGCCAACUAUAAUUUAUUUUUAUUAUUAUCAUUAUUAUUAUUAUUAUUAUAUUAUUAUAUUAUUAUUAGGUAAUUUUUUUUUUUAAAACGCAUUUGUUGUAUAUGCGCCUAUAUAAGGAUUUCGGUUAUGAUAUGUGUGCAAAACAAAGUUUGAUUUGUGUAUCAUCGAAAUAUUAUUACGCGUCCGGUAAUUUCUGCGAACGCCGGUUUUUUACCUCCUUUUCCCAACACGAAAAACAAACAAACAAACAAACAUCACGCGAUCAAACUUUGAGGCACAUGUACAUAAUUAUCUGAAGUAUUUGUGAAUGUGUUUAACAGCCCAAUAGUUCCUUUUUUUGUAUGUGUACUAUUAUUAUUGUAUUUUUUUUUUCAUAAGAUUUAAGUUUUUAAACGACAUCGAUUGUAAAAACGUCAAAUUAAUGUUAUGCGAACAAAGACUAAACAUUUUUUUUCAUAUUAUAUUGUACGAUACCCGCCGUCGCUGUAACACCUGCCGCAGGGCUGCAGUUUUUUAUUUUUUUAAAUUAUUAACGAUUGUAAUAUUAUUAAUUGUGUAGGUAUGCUAUAAUAUGAUAUUAUUCUCUCGCCGUGCACUGGCUGUAAACCGAUAUGGCUUAUAUACGAAUUGUAUGCAAAACAAAAGAAACCUACGGAAUUUCAAUUUUACGUGUGUAAAUUGCAACUGUCAUUUAUAUUAAAGUGUUUUCACCACUGUUCAACCAUAAUAUUAUGUUAUAUUAAAAUCCGACAAACAGUA